AUGAGUCAAGACCAGGCGGAGCAGAAUAUUCAGAUGUGGAAGGUCAAGAAGCUCAUCAAGAGCCUUGAUGCGGCCAGAGGAGCUGGCACUUCCAUGAUCAGCUUGAUCAUUCCCCCCAAGGAUCAAAUUUCUCGAGCGUCUGCCAUGUUGACUCAAGAAUACGGUACCGCCUCCAACAUCAAGUCUCGGGUCAACCGACUGUCCGUACUCGCAGCCAUCACCAGUACCCAGCAGCGCCUGAAACUGUAUAACCGUGUACCACCGAAUGGCCUAGUACUGUUCGUCGGCACAAUUCUCACGGAUGAGGGCAAGGAGAAGAAGGUCUCUUUCGAUUUUGAACCGCACAAACCGAUCAACACGUCGUUGUAUCUCUGUGACAACAAGUUUCAUACCGAAGCUCUCUCUGAACUUCUCGAAUCUGAUUCUCGUUUCGGGUUCAUCGUCAUGGAUGGAAACGGCACGCUAUUCGGCACACUAGCGGGGAACACACGAGAGGUCAUCCAUAAAUUCACAGUCGAUCUCCCCAAAAAGCACGGCCGUGGUGGACAGUCUGCCCUUCGGUUCUCCCGUCUCCGUGAUGAAAAACGCCACAAUUAUGUUCGCAAAGUAGCCGAGCACGCUGUCCAGCAUUUCAUCACCAACGACAAGGUCAAUUGCACCGGCCUCGUUCUCGCCGGCAGUGCCGACUUCAAGACGGAGCUGAGCCAGAGCGACAUGUUCGAUCCUCGGUUGGCCGCCAAGGUUAUCAAGGUUGUCGAUGUCAGUUAUGGCGGUGAAAACGGCUUCAAUCAGGCCAUCGAGCUUGCCGCUGAGUCUCUCGCAAACGUCAAGUUCGUUCAAGAGAAGAAGCUCAUCCAGAAGUACUUCGACGAGAUCAGUCUUGAUUCUGGAAAAUACUGCUUCGGUGUCGACGACACUCUCAAGGCUCUCGAGCUCGGUGCUGUUGAAACGCUGAUUGUUUGGGAGAACCUCGACAUCACGCGUUAUACACUGCGCAACGCUGCCAACGAGGAGAUUAUCGUCCACGCAAACAAGGAGCAAGAGAAGGACCGCGAAAAGUUCAUCGACAAGUCCACUGGCCUCGAGAUGGAGCAAGCAUCCGAACCCCAAUCAUUGCUCGAAUGGUUCGCGGAAAAAUACAAGGAGUUCGGUGCUAACCUUGAAUUUGUCACCAACCGGUCGCAGGAAGGGGCACAAUUCGUCAAGGGCUUCGGUGGUAUCGGCGGUCUGUUGCGCUACAAGGUCGACUUCACCAACCUGACCUCGAUCGAUGAGGAGGAAGACGAGUUCUACUCGGACGACGAUGAUAUCUGA